AUGGUGUUCUCUGUGAUCACUGCAGUUCCAAUCAUAACACUUAUCGGAAUGACACAGUAUUCAUAUAUUGAAAAGAAAACAAGAGUUCCUUGGGAAAUGAACACAAUCAAUACUUUGUGGGUUGGUGUUCUCACCCCGGUACUUGAAAAUAGUCAUGUAACCAUUAAUGUUUUGUUCGGAAUGAUUCAGAGUGGUUUCAUCUGUAAUAUUCUGAAUAUUCUGCACGUUCAAGCAGAAUGGAACCUGUAUUACGCACGAAUCAUGUCCAUGAUCUUCUCAAUUUAUGCAGCGAUUCGAAUGGUUUGGUAUCAAACUAUACUUUUACCAAAGCUACCGCUGAGAAUCCAUUGGAAAUCUAUUAUAUUGAUCACUCUGUUUUUUGCUUUAACUGGAUACUUCUUGUGGCCAUACUGUACCUCUUCCAAUGUCUAUAUUCACGUUUAUCUCUACCUCCUCUCCAUCGAAACAUCCAUCUGGUACUACACAAAGGAAUUCCGACUGUUCAGCAGAUAUCCGAGGACAGGAUUUACGGACUACGCAAGAGUUUACCAUACUACAGUGCAUCGUUAUUACAGUUCGGAUGUGCACUUUCAGCAAUGA